AUCCGCUCAUCAGUCUGCACGCAUCCAUCCACCCAGACAGAAAUUAAACGAACAGAGCAAGGUUCGAGAGCGAGCGCAACAAUGGAGGGCCCUCUGGUGAGCGCGGCAACGGGAACCCUGCAAUCCGUUGUGCAGAAGCUGACCGCUCUGCUUGGCGAGGAGUACAAGCGCUUCAAGCGGAUGCGCCACGAGAUCAAGUUUCUCGCUGAUGAACUCGACACCAUGAAGGCCUUUCUCGUCGAGAAAUCCAAGGUUGAACCGUUGAAGAUACUGAUGAACAAGAUAAGGUCUGGAUAAAGCAUGUGCGAGAGCUGUCGUACGACAUCGAAGACAGCCUCGACAAGUUCAUGCUACAUGAGUCCGCCAAGCCGGACGGCUUCAUGGAGAAGAUCAGGAGCUUGCUGGACAGGACCAAGAGUCGCCAUCGGAUAGUCAAGGAGAUUGAAGAUCUCAAGAAAAAGGUCAUUGAGGUGGCCGAAAGGAAACAAAGGUACAGGGGCGGUGACCAGUCCGUAGUCAAUGCCAACAAUGCAUCGGUUGAUCCAAGAGCGCGUUUUAUAUUUGAGGAUGCGAUGAAGCUUGUUGGCAUCAAUGGACCCAAGGGUGAGCUCAUCAGUUUGAUGGAACAAGAUCAGAGUGGAGAUGGCUCGUUCAAGCAACAACCAAACCUGAUCUCAAUUGUUGGAUCUGGAGGGCUCGGAAAAACAACUCUAGCAAACCAGGUAUAUCAAGAGCUUAAAGGUCAGUUCAAGCAUCGGGCGUUCUUAUCGGUAUCAAGGAAUCCGGACAUCAAGGAAAUUUUGAGAAGUAUCCUUUAUGAAGUGGUGAGCAAGGAAGAUUUUAAAGACGUGAUGAAGGGAGAUUAUGUUAGCACAGUGGCUGCGGAGAAUCAACUUAUCAAAACUAUCUGGGACUAUCUCCAAGACAAAAGAUACUUUAUUGUGCUCGAUGAUAUAUGGGAUGUGAAAACAUGGAACCUCCUUGAGCAUGUCUUCCCCAAGUCCAACUGUGGCAGUAAAGUCAUCACAACUACUCGUAUAAACGAUGUUGCUCAGGCAUGCAGUAGAUCAUUCACUAAUGGACACAUAUACAAUAUAAGGCCGCUUAGUAUGGCGCAUUCAGCACAGUUAUUCUACAGAAGACUAUUCAACCAUGAAGAAAAAUGCCCUUCACACCUUCAAGAAAUUUCUGGCCAAAUCUUGGAGAAAUGUGGCGGCCUACCGUUAGCAAUCAUCGCUAUAUCUGGUUUGCUGUCCAGCAAGGAAAAAACAAAAGAACAAUGGAAUCUAGUAAAAAUUUCAAUUGGCCGUGGAGUUGAAAGAGAUUCUAGUGUCGAAGGAAUGUCAAAGAUACUAUCGUUCAGUUACUUCGAUCUUCCUCUCCAUCUUAGAACUUGCCUACUGUACCUAAGUAUAUAUCCAGAAGAUUAUACGAUUGGGAAGGAGAAUUUGAUAAGAAGGUGGAUUGGCGAGGGAUUCAUCCAUGAACAAAACGGAAUUCCAGCAUACAAUUUAGGCGAGAGGUGUUUUAAUGAUCUCGUCAAUAGGAGCUUGAUCCAAUCAGGAGGGAGAGACAAAUUUGAUGAGGUGAAUAGCUGCCGAGUUCAUGACAUAGUUCUUGAUUUCAUUGUAUCCAAGGCUAUUGAGGAGAACUUUGUUACUUUAAUAGGAGUACCCGGUAUAAAUCCUAUUGCUGGAAACAAGGUCCGUCGGUUGUCUAUCCAGAAUGAUGGUCAAAUCCCAUCAGGGCUAAUUUUAUCUAGUGUCAGGUCACUUAAUGUUUUCGGAGGUAAUGUGGAAAUCCCAUCUCUAUCGGAGCUUAGACUCUUGCGUGUUUUAGCCUUUGAAGACUGUGAGCAGUUAGCAGAUGAUCAUCUUGCAGAUGUAGGCAAUUUGUUGCACCUCAGAUAUCUGAAGCUCAACCAUGCACAUUCUGUUACAAAGCUUCCACAAGAAACAGCAGAGCUACAACACUUGAGGGCACUUGAAGUACAUGGGCACAACAAAAUAAUGGAAAUUCCAACGGCCAUUUGUCAGGUUGAACGAUUGGAAUGUCUGGUAACUCUAGUUACAGACGAUUAUACUAUAUUGCCUGAUGAAAUUGUAGACAUGAAAGCACUGAGAGUGUUGGUAGGUGUUAAUGUGUAUAUUCAUUCGGUCGGCUUCAUUAAGCGGCUUGGUGAACUAACAAAUCUGAGGAAGCUGGGCAUGCUAUUCGUCAACAGCGAUGCUGAUGAAGAAUGGGAGGAGAAAUAUGGAGAGAUUGUCUCUUCGAUCUAUAAGCUUACCCAAGCAAACCUUGAUUCUCUGCAUAUUCAUACUGUAAAUGAGCCGCCAGAGUUGCUGGACAAUCUAAGCAAAGAACACCCUGAGCCACUUGGCCUUCGGGAACUUGUCAUUGAGGGGGAUGACGUCUCAGGCCUUGCAGCGUGGUGGGGUUUACUUAUGAACCUCCAGAAGUUACUCUUCUGUGCAUAUGAAAGAGUUAGCGAUGAAGAUGUGGAGACCCUUAGAAGCCUAUCCGAUCUGAAGUACCUCUGCAUCCAUCUCUGGGAUGCACCCGACGAUCCUGAAGUGAAGGCUCCGCUGGAGAGAGCAAUGAAGGCCCAUCCCAACCGUCCCAAAUUGGUAUGGAUAGAUGAGUACUAGAUCUCAGGAUCCCCUAGAGGCAGCGAUGAAGGCCCAUCCCAACAGCCCCAAAUUGGUCCAUUCGGCCGGCAACGUCUUGGAUGAGGGCCCACUUACUCUUAUUAUUUCCAGCCAGCUGUUACUUUGGAGGGAAAAUACAAAGAGCAGAGUGGGGUGGUUAUUUCCUUGUCCCUCCCAACUAAAUCAUAGCAAAGCUACGAUAAUCACUAAAAUGCUCGUGGAGGAAAAUCUGGGCAUGCAUACUGUUCUUCUUUGGAAAACUCUUUCAUAUAUCAUCCUUUGUUUCCCUUCA